AACGCCGUCGAGUCGACAAACGACAACGGACAGCCGGAUAACAACCACAGCCACACCAAUGUUAAUCAGUUUUUUAAAUUGAAAGGUCGUUUAGCGUUCAGGAAGAGUGUUUUCUACACAUUUAAGCUGUCUUCGGUGGCAACAUGAGAGUGAGUGAAGUCCACGCAGCAGAGUCUGUUGCCUACCUCAACAGAGCACUGUUCAAGUUGCAGGAUAUUUGGGAAGAAAUCGGGAUUCCAGAGGAACAGCGACUACAGCGAACCAAUGAUGUUCACAAGCACAUCAAAGGUUUGCUGGACCUAAUGAUUGCUGAAGAAGAGGAGCUCAAGAAGAGAUUAGUGAAAAGCAUACAGGCCUGUCUGAAGGAACUUAAUCAAUUGUGCAGUGAACUCCAGCUGCCCCCGUUUGAGGAGGAGGAGGGCUGCACCAUGUUGCAGAUGGAGAAGAAUUGCCGCACACGUCUAGAGGUGAUGAAGGAACACAAGAAGCAGAGAAUGCAAGAGCUCAAGGACCUCACUGGCAAAGACCGUGAGCUCUGCGAUAUUAUGUGCACUACCCCAUUUUGCAUCGACCAGGACUCCAUCCCGUCACUGCAGCAACUAGAGACAUAUCGUGCCUACCUGGAUAAUCUGACCAAAGAGAAGGAACACCGUCAUGAUGAAUUCAUGAGCAUCAAAAAGGAGAUCAUUGUAUGCAUGGAUGAUCUGGAGCAGAACCCAGAGACCAGUUUUGAGAUGGAUGUGAUGUGUGAGGAUGAGGAGGCAUUUUGUCUGUCAAAUGACAACAUUGCUGCUCUUAAACUACUCCUUAGUCAGUUAAAAGAACGCAAGGCUGAGAAUGAGCUCCAUUGUUCAGCUUUCCGCACUAAGAUCCAGGAGCUGUGGGAAAGACUUCAGAUUCCCCAAGAGGAGAGAGAAGCCCUCUCUGAGCAUAUGGUCAUGUCAAAGAAGAGAAACAUUGAGGCACUCCAGGCUGAGGUCCAGCGUCUACAGGUGCUGAAAAUGCAGAGCAUGAAAAGUGUCAUUGAGGCCAUCAGAGCUGAGAUCGCACUUCUCUGGGAGAAGUGCUUCUACAGCCAAGAGCAGCAACAAAGUUUUGUUCCAUAUCAUGAUGAUGAUUUCACUGAAGAGCUUCUCAACCUGCAUGAAGCUGAAGAAAGGACCCUGAAGAAGUAUUAUGAGGACCAUAAAGAACUCUUUGAGGGAGUCACAAAAUGGCAGGAGAACUGGACCUUGUACUUGGAACUUGACAAAAAGGCCAAUGACCCUUCAAGGUUCAACAACAGAGGUGGGAACCUCCUGAAGGAAGAGAAGCAGAGAACUGACCUGCAGAAAAGUUUGCCUAAGCUGGAAAAGAUUCUGAAGGCCCAAAUUGAUGUUUGGGAGGAGCAGCAUGGCAAGGAAUUCCUGGUCAAUGGACAGAAAUUCCUUGAGUAUGUGCAACAGCAGUGGGAUCACCACCACACUGAAAAGGAGAGAGAGAAACUGGAAAGGCAACUGAAGAAAACUAAACAGACACAGGAGGACAUGUUAUAUGGAACUGCAAUGAGAACACCAUCUAAAAGGCGGCUAGCAGGGACUCCCACACCUGGAAAAGUUAGAAAGCUCAAUGGCACCUCCACCAUCUCCACUCCUACCAGUUUCCUUAGUUCAGGCCUCAGUGGAACCAUGUGCCAGUCCUCCAUUCAGAAACCACCCCUGUCGGCCAGCAAGGGUCUUGGCCUGCGAACCCCUGGACAUGGAAAGACUCCCCGUGCAGUAGACCGAAACAAGGAAAACAUCUCCCAUCUUAAUAGAAAUACUCCAAGUGGCACGCUAAGGUCUCAGGAUACUCAAGAUCACACCUUCACCUUUAGCUCAAUUGCUGGCUCCUAUUCGGAAUUUGCGAGGGACCUCUCAAAGGCUUCUAAAUCGACUGUGAAGUCAGGAAUGCUGAACUCCACCGUCAGUCAACAGUGAUGAGUUAAAGCAGCUGUGCUGGAAGUCUUCCAGCUCAGCGGUAGUUUGAUGUUUUUGUGGACAACAGGGAACUUUAUUGUAAUCUCCUUACAAAAAAUGUAAAUAUUUAAAUCUGUCCGAACAUUUUGAGUCUCCAUCGAUCCUGUUUUCAUAAGACUUUCUUUCAGGGUUACUGCUGGAGAAAUUUUCUCUGCUGUAUUUUCUGGUAUUUCAUAUUGUAGCAAGGCUGUUGUGGCUUUUUAUUGACAUUUUCCUUUUGGGUGUAUAGCCUUUAAAUUUAAGCAUUAACCAUAUCUAGAGCACUACAUUGUUUUAGUACUGUAGCAGUAAGCCAGUGCACCAUGCUUUUCUUCCUCCAGCUGGAAUGACAGCUGAAUUUGCUCUUCAGAAACUAAAUAUUGAGUGCUUUUUUUUUUAAAUCCAGCUGUAAAUAAACGUUUUAAAAAAACGUUCAUCCUUA